AUGCCUACUAUAAAUGAAUUAGAAACACCUUCUAAUUCAAACCACUCUACUACAUCUGCAGAGAGGAUACAUGAAGAAGAAGGCAUCAACUCUGUAUCUUCUACUUCUCAAGAUGUUAAUAGCGAAGAAGGGCAACAACAGCAGCCAACAUGGCAAAUGAUUGCAAAUACUUCGUUGAAAACACCUGCAUCUACUUCACUCCUAUCAAGAUCAAAUAAAAAGUCGUCCUCUACUCUUACAAUGACCGAUUCACAAGGAUUCGAUGAAGAUGACGAGGAAGAAGAUGGAGAUGAAGAAGAAGAAGAAGAUCAAGAAGAAGAAGAUGAAGAGGAAGAAGAGGAAGAAGAAGAAGAAGAAGAGGACGAUGAACUCGUAGAGGUGGAAGAUAAUACACCAACACAACUAUCUUCUUCAGAUGUACAACCACAACAACAACAACAGCAACAACAACAACAGCAACAACAACAACAACACCAAAAACAAACUAUUCCCAUCAGACAACAUGUAUCAUCCAACAAGAGUAAAUUACUCAAACAACAAGUCGUUAAUAUUAAAGUAAAUAAUGUGGUCAUUGAUGCUAAAAAGAAAUCUCCAUCUCCUCCUACUACUACUACUCCCAACAAUAAUAAUAAUAAUAAUCAAAAUGUAGCAGCAGCUCCUCCUCAGGUCAAACCAAAGACAACUACCACAACAACAACCACUACCAAUGUUGUUGGUAACAAUACAACAACUACUAGAAAUUCAUCAAGUAGUAAUUGGAAACGUGACUCUCAAGAGAUUGAUAAACAAAAACUAAGAGAAUUUUGGAUGUCUCUUACAGAGAAUGAACGUCGUGAAUUGGUUCGUUUGGAAAAGGAAUCGUUGUUGAAAAAGAUGAAGGACCAACAAAAGCACAAUUGCUCGUGUAGUGUUUGUGGUCGUAGGAGAGUGGUCAUUGAAGAGGAAUUGGAGAUGCUCUACGACUCUUAUUAUGAAAAAUUAAAGUACUAUGAAAAAAUGAACGACAAGGUUUCAUAUCUUAUCGAUUUAAAGGAUACUCCUCCAGAUUCUAAAAAUGUGAAUAGAAAUGAUCAACCUCAACAACAACAACAACAACAACAAACUUCAUCUCAACAACAACAAAUAUUGCAACAGCAACAACAACAAUUACAACAACAGCAACAACAAUUAAUACAAUUACAACAACAACAACAAUUGCAACAACAACAACAACAAUCUAUUACUACUGCAGCAACUGCAACCACUACAACCACUACAACAACACCACCUUCUCCUAAUAGUAAACCAUUCCACUUUCAAACAACACACAAACAGAUUAUAAAAUCUAAAAAUGGAACUACUAUAAGAACUACGACAUCGGCAUCGACCGAGGAGGAUUUCCUCAGGAAUGAGGGCAAGCAUUUUAUCGAGUUGAUGGAAAAGUUGGCAGAGCGUCGUGUGCGUCGAGAGGAGAUCUCGGAGCAGAUGCUCGACCCCGACAAUGCACUCGGCAACGAUGAGGAGCUGACCAUACAGAUACAAGAGAGCAACGGACCCAACUCGUACACGUCGCACAAAUACCGCAUCAGCAACAUUGGCAACGGUCGAAACGGCGGACACGGCCCGCACUCGGGUCCAUCGCUGCACCAGAUUCUCAAUGACAGAAAGGUGGUGAUUGACGAGUUUCACGUCGACGAGGAGAUCUAUGACGACGAUGAAGAAUGUGAGGAGUGUGGCGGACACGGACACGGUCACCAUGCCGAUGACGAGGAUGAAGACUAUGACGAGGAGGAUGGCGACCACCAUCACCAGUACAUAGAAGGCGACGACAAUGAGGAAGAGUACGACGAGGAUGACGAAGAAUUGGACGAUGAAGACGAUGAAGACGAUGAUGACACUGGACUAUGUGAUCACCAUCAGCACAUGCGUUAUCAUCACCACCACCAUUCGCACUCGAUGGACGAUGACGAUGAGGAAGAUGAUGACGACCAAUACGACGAUGAAGAUGACGACGAAGACGACGAUGACAAUGGAGUAGACGACGAAGAAAACGAAGAAAAACAAAUGGAAGAAGGUCGUAAAAUGUUUCAAGUAUUUGCUUCAAAAAUGUUUGAACAAAGAGUUUUAACUGCUUACAAGGAAAGAUUAGUUUUGGAAAGACAAAAACAUUUGUUAGAGGAAGAAGAGGAAAAGGAGAGAAAAGAGAAACAAAUCAAAGAACAAAAGGCAAAGGCCAAGAAAGAACAACAAAAGAAACAGAGAGAGAACGAACAAAGAAAGAAAGAGGAGCGAGAGAGAAUCCAAAAGCAAAAAGAAGAGGAAGAGCGACUCAAAAAAUUGGAAGAGAACAAAAAGAAUGAAGAAAAGAGAUUAGAGAGACAAAGACUCAAGGAAGAGGAAGUCAAGAAACGUGAAGAAGAGCAGAGAAAGAAGUUAGAGGCUCAAAAGCCAAAGGAAAAGACUGAAAAGGAGAAACUGGCCGAACAACAACGUCGUGACGCUGAACUUAAAAAGUUACAAGCUAAAAUGGAAAGAAACAAAAAGGAAACAUCCAAACAUCAAAGUAACCACAAACCACAUGUUGUCAUUCAACCAGAUGUUAGACCUAAUACAGUUUCUACCGCUACCACCACCACUACUUUAACAACACCAGCUCCAACAGCUGUGGUGGUCACAUCUCCAGCAGUUGCUCCAGUCUCUGUCACUCAACCACAACCGGUACAACAAUCAACAACUGUAUCUCUUUCACCAAAUCUUUCAAAGUCACUUGAAUCACCAAUGAAAAACAAGGUUUCAACUCUUAGUCCAAAAUCUCCCAAUUUUGUACCUGCAAGUCAAAGAUUUACUAGUAGUACAAAUGGUUUGGCUCCAGUACCAUCACCAAACUUCCAUACUUCUAGUAAUAGUAAUUUAUUACCACCUCAAUUAAUGCAAUCAAAUGGAGGUGUUUAUUUAAACAAGGAUCCUAUUUAUACACCAACUCAAACUUCUUCUUCUUCUGUUACCAAUAUAUUACCAACACAGAAUAUUCCACUUCAUACAUUUUCAACUUCGUUGUAUAAUGAUAAUGAAGAUGAUGACAUUGAUUCUAUUUUAAAACAUACACAAGAUUAUCUUCACAUCCAACAACCAUCAUCUCUUAGAAAAUCAUCUGCUCCAGUAUCUGAUAAUGAGGAUGAAGAUAAUAAUAAUAGUAAUAGUAUGAAUAAUAAUAAUCAACAUGUUCAACAACAACAACAGAUUCAUCAUCAUCAUCAUCAAAUGCAACAACAACAACAACAACAACAACAACCACUUCAACAACAACAACAACAAUACCUUCAACCACAAUACCUACAAUCAAAGAAUAUUCAACAACCAUCAUCAUUGUCAUCCAACUAUUUCAACCAGACCAAUUCUGUUGUUGGCAAUGAUAGUUUGUCACGUUUACCAGCCUUUUAUGAUCAAACCUCUGUCAAUUUUAUUCAAUCUGGAUUUGACCAAAACACCAACCAGAUCAACAAUAACAACAACAAUGUAACAGGUCUCAUUGGUGAUAGUAGUCAAAAUUCUACCCCAUCACUUGGUAGCUUCACUUCACCAAACCCAUAUUUAAUGAGUAACAACAGCAUCAACAACAACAUCAACAACAUGUCCAAUGUCAAUAGCAACAUGAUGAUGAUGAACGGUGGUUUGAAACCAUUAAAUAAUAGUGGCAGCAGUUUAGUUGGUGGCAAUGCAUUUGUCAACUCUAAUAUCAACAAUAAUUGGGAAUAUUUGAAUAAUAAUUUCACCAACCAAAACUCGUUUUUAAACAACAAUAUUGGAAAUUCAGUCAACAACUUUGAACUAGGAGGUAUAUUGUCACCUCGAUCACUCCAACAACAACAACAACAACAACAGCUACAAUCACAGCAAUUAUUUAAUAAUGCUAGCAAUUCGGGAUUCCCAUCUUCGUUGGAUAGCAAUUUUUAUUUUGCAAAAUCAUCUCCCUAUGUAAAUAAUAGUACACCCAGUGGUAGUUUCUAUCAAAAUCAUCAACCACAAUUAGGUCAAUUGGAUUAUUAA